CUAGGCUCCACUUUCAAUAAUGUAUGCACUAAGAUAUUUACAGCCAUUUGGGAUUUCUCCAUACAUCUCUCUCGUUCCAGAAUUCCACGGCAUAAUUACACUUUAUGGAGUACAUUUGGUUUGUCACCUUUCCUUGGAUCUAUUAAGCUUUUUCCACACAUUGCAUAUUCUUAUGAUGGUUCUGAUGGUCUAUUGGAUGGCCACCAUUUGGGCUUGUUCAGUGAUUCAGAUUCUGAAGAAGAUCGUAGAUCUCUUUUAAUGUCUUUAGGGAAAUUGGUGGUUCCUCUUUUGCUUGUCAUUACUGUGGUGAUGAACUGGGGCCAACCAAUAACUAUUGCAGCUAAAGUCACUCUUAUCCUUCUUACAGCAAAGCCAAGCCCUUUAUCAGUGUAUGUCCUUGUCGAACAGUUGCGAAAUCAAGCAAUUCGCCAACAACCAUUCAUCUAUAAGUUCAAGUCUUUAUAUGCAAAGAAAGUUGAAGUUGCAGAUUAUCUGUUUCUCUCUCUGGCAAAGGUUGAGCUAAAAGAUCAGGAGUUAACUUUUGUUGGAAUUCUGGGGAGUUGGUGGUCUUUGCCCAUAACUUCAUGGCAAGAGGCAUCAUCUAUUCUUAAGUGCAAAAUUGUAAGCUAAGGUCAGCUGUCGGUGGUCUCUGCCCCUAUCUUCAUGGCAAGAGGCAUAUUUAAAUUGAUGGGAGUUUGGCUAUCUCAAGUUUAACUCUGCUUGCUGUGUUACUAAAAGCGAUGACUUCAUGGCUUAAUGCAAUGAAUUCGAGGAGUUAUUCCUUCUUGUUUUUUAUAUGUAUAUAUUUUCGCUUUAAGAGACUGGAUAUGUUUUCAAGUAAGGAAUAUCUGCCUUCAAAUAUGUCUUAUCCCCUUGAAACACUGCAGCUUCUUGAAAAGCAAUUUGCUGUUCUUUUUUAGAGGAUGCUCGUCUCAUUGACACUCUGCAGUGGAUUGAAAAGGAAUACAGUUCAAUCUGUGUGAUUACAGACGAAAUUAUAUUAUUUCAUACAUGCACUGCAGUGGGAUGAAGAGAAAUAUGGUUCAUUCCAUAUGUUUUCAACAUGAUCAUCUCCUGAAUCGACGAGCAAGAUGGUCCAUUUUCAGAGUUUGACAAAUAUUGGUCUUUAGAGAAAAGCCGUUCAUUCCUUAGCUUUUUAGACGGAUAUCAUUUUCCAGAUAAAUCUCAUCCCCGAUUGAAGAGGAUUGUGGUUCAUCCUCUGUUGUUUUCAGAUGAGUAUCUAUAGAAGUUAUCUCAUCUACAUCAAACUCUGCAGCGGACUGAAGAAGAAUGCACUUCAUUUCAUAUGUUCUUAAAUAAAUAUCAAAUUAUAGGUGAAUCUGAUCUCCUUCACACUCUGCAGCAUAUUUAGAUUCCGUACGUAUUCAGACAUUUAGAUCAAAGAAUCUAAUUUCCUUGAAACUAUGCUCCAGAUUGGAAUGUCGUUCAUUCCAUAUAUUUUUUGGAAAAUGUCUCAGAGGGAUCUCAUCCCCUUGAAACAGUGCAGUGGAUUGAAGAGGAAUGUGGUUUAUCCAGUUUGCUCUCAGGAAAGUAACUGGCUUCACUCACUGAAUGGACUCAAGUUCCUGGAUAUCUUCCUCAGCUUGCAUAUCUUUAAAAAUAGACCAGACAUCAUAGAGGAAGUCCAAUAUCUAUUUCGAGAUGGUGCAAUUCAUCUCAUCAGGAUCAACAGUGGAAAUGGAAGACCAUGGAGUCGUCAUUUUAAUGAAUACAUCUCUGACUUGCAAUAUAAGUUUGGGAAGACCAAGGUUGAAAUGGAGUCGCCAUUUUAAUGAGUACAUCUCAAUUUCCAUAUCCCUUGAAAGAGUCUGAUUCCUGUGCGCCUUUGGAAAUUAUGGAACAUUCCUAAUCACAAUGUCUUGAGAAACUCUAACCAACGUGUGCUAAUGCAGCUCUUGUAGUUCAACAAGCAGUUGAAUUCUAUCAUUUAGGAAACUGGGUUUCGGAUUUCUAUGGCUUUAUUAUGAAUGCCAACUCAAUCGAGACGCUCCAUGCUUUACUACAUGGGUUUAGGAAUAGCAGACAGAAUGGGCUUCAAGCUUUACAUAUCAAUACUGAUGCAAACAAGUACUUGCACUACUAGUAAAUAAGAACAAUCAACUAUAUGCUAAUCUCAUCACUGAUUGCAGGCACUUCCGCUAAUCCAACCAUCCAACAUGCAUACUGGGAGCAAAAUGUUGUGGCUAAUGUACUUGCUAAACAAGGAUGUCGUCUUACAACUUCACCUUCCUUUGUGUUGGAGCAACCCUCUCUUUUUGUCAAUACUCCGCUGGAAAAAGAUCAGUCUAACACUACUGAAUCAAGACGUGUCACAUGCUAUAACGCUUCCCAGAACAUCUCUUUUUGUAAUGACUGCUUAUGAGUCUCCCUAGGCUAGGCUCUACAAAUACCCACCACAUGUAUGAUAAAUAACACUGAUCUGUGAGUAUUUCCGCAACAUCUCGCUCCUUGUAUGUCUCUUUUGUUAUAAAUGUAAUAUAAUAUCCCUUACAUCAGAAAACAAUCACAAUUAGUAUAAAAUGUUAAUUUCAUGUA